AUGUUGGUGGCGGUGACCAGUAGGACCGGAACGACCACCACCUAAUCGUCCUCAGGCCUGGGCUCCCCAACCAUUAUGGGUUGCUGCCUCCGACGGCUGCAGCUGCUCUCCACCUGCGUGGCCUUCUCCCUGGGGGCCAGCGUGGGCACCCGGCAGGGGCCCAUAGGUAACUGGUCCAUGUUCAUCUGGUGCUUCUGCUUCGUCGUGACCCUCAUCACCCUCAUAGUCGAGUUAUGUGAGCUCGAGGAUCACUUCCCCUUCUCCUGGGACAACUUUCUCAUCACCUGCAACUGCUACUCUGCCCUCCUCUGCCUCUCAGCCUCCAUCAUCUACCCCACCACCUACAUUCAGUUCUUGCCCGACAGCCGCUACCGGGACCGUGCUGUCACCUCCACUGCAUUCUCCUGCCUCGCUUUUGUGGCUUAUGCCAUGGAAGUGGCCUGGACUAGGGCCCAGCCCAACGUGAUCACAGGCUAUAUGGCCACCGUGCCAGGCCUGCUCAAGGGGCUGGAGACCACUGUGGCCUGUGUCAUCUUCGUCUUCAUCAGCAGCCCCUCCCUGUACCUGCAGCAGCCGGCCCUGGUGUGGUGCGUGGCCGUGUACUCCAUCUGCUUUCUCCUGUCAUCUGUGGCCCUCCUGCUGAACCUGGGCAAGUGUGACAACAGGCUGCCCGUCCCCUUCCCCAUUUUCCAGGUUGUGCUCACCCUGCUCUCCGUCCUCCUCUACGCCACUGCUCUGGUCCUCUGGCCGCUCUACCAGUUCAACCAGAAGUUCGGCGGCCAGCCCCAGCGGUCCAGCGAUGUGAGCUGCAGCGAUAGACUCACCUCCUUGGUGUGUACCUGGAACCAACGACUGGCUGUGGCCAGUCUGACAGCCAUCAACCUGCUGAUUUAUGUGACUGACCUGGUGUUCUCGGCCCACCUGGAUUUUGUCAGGGGCUGA